AUGGAGAAGAGUGGCAGGAGUCAGCUUGGCUUCACUGUGGAUGCAGCAGUGUCAGAAACAUCCAUAGAAAUCAGAGAACAGAUGGAGCCGGUGCUCUGCUAUGAGUCCAGAAACCUUUCAUGUCUGAGGACCAUCUAUCCCUUGUCCAUACGCAUCACCCUCUAUCUGAUUUUAGGGGCCACAGUCAUUCUAACAGUGUGUGGAAACCUUCUGGUCACUGUCUCAAUUGCCUAUUUCAAGCAACUCCACACUCCGACCAACUACCUCAUCGCCUCUCUGGCUGUGUCUGACCUUCUUUUAGGACUGUUAGUCAUGUUUCCCAGCAUGAUUCGAUGCGUGGAGACGUGCUGGUAUUUCGGCGACGUCUUCUGCAAAGUCUACAUGAGUUCUGAUGUCACGUUGUGUACAGCGUCCAUUCUAAACCUGUCGUUCAUAUCACUGGACCGACACGUUGCUGUUUGCCAACCUCUGCUAUACAGAAGGAAAAUAACUGUUAACGUUGUGUUGAUCAUGAUUCUGCUCAGCUGGAGUGUUUCAGCUCUCAUAGGCUUUGGGAUGAUUUUUCUGAAGCUAAAUAUCUUGGGCAUUGAGGAGUUCUACUACCACCAUGUUAUGUGCGAAGGAGGAUGCGUCUUGUUUCAGAGUGGACUGUCGAGUACAGUCUCGUCAGUGCUUUCAUUUUACAUUCCUGGGAUAAUAAUGCUUGGUGUUUACCUGAAGAUUUUCCUGGUGGCACAGAGACAGCUGCGCAGCAUACACAACGCGAGCUCAGCUAAAAUCUCAAGUACGGCUCAGACUAAAGCCACUAAAACCCUUGCGAUCAUCAUGGGGGCGUUUCUUUCUUUUUGGACUCCUUUUUUUGUCUGUAACAUCAUUGAUCCUUUCAUCAGUUACUCGACACCACCAGCGGUGUUCGAAACACUUGUAUGGGUGGGCUACUUGAAUUCUACUGUGAAUCCUUUAAUAUAUGCAUUCUUCUACAGCUGGUUCAGAAAGGCUUUUCGAUUAUUCAUUUCAGGUAACGUCUUUAAAUCUGACAUGUCAGAGACGACACUUUUCACUGAAUAA